AUAACUCCGCCAAAACAACAAAAUUUUAUGGCUUUUACGCUUGGCGUUGAGAGAACCCAACAACCGGACACCGUCAACUCUCGAUAGCGAAAUGGCCAUCUUACCUACACAUUUCUUGCGUCUGUUUGCCGUGGUAUUUACCUUGUUCUCCUUAACUGUGUCCGCCGAAGACUGCAUUCGUCGUGACUACGGCAGAACAAGCUUCGUCUGUGUAUGCAACGCCACUUAUUGUGACACAGCUCCUAGUGUAGGUGUUUUAGUAGCUGGUCAAGCAGUUCAGAUAACAUCCAGUCAAAGCGCAGCUCGCUUUCAAGCUACCAAUUUGCAAUUUGGCAGAACAUCAUCAAAUAAGGCAGUAAUCACCAACGAGGUAUUUAUUGACACAUCGAUCACGUACCAAAAUGUGCUCGGUUUCGGCGGAGCUUUUACGGAUGCGGCAGGAAUUAACAUAGCAAGGCUGUCUCAAGCUGCGCAAGACAAUUUAAUGAACUCUUAUUUUAGCAGCAGAGGAAUUGAAUAUGGUGUAGCGCGCGUUCCCAUGGCCGGGACAGAUUUUUCGACCCGCACUUAUUCGUACGAUGAUUAUCCGGGUGAUGUGACACUAUCCAACUUCGCGCUUACCGAAGAAGAUUUGGUUUACAAAAUUCCCUACAUCAACUGGGCCAUCAGCUUAAGUUCAAAAUCCAUCAAGCUGUUUACAAGCCCGUGGAGUGCUCCAGCAUGGAUGAAAAGCAAUAAUGAGUUCUAUGGAAAAGGAUACCUCCUAGGAGAAUAUUACCAAACUUGGGCAGACUAUUUCGCUAGGUUUUUCGAAGAGUAUGCCAAAUUCGGUUUGAAUUUCUGGGCACUAACAGCUCAAAACGAACCGGUUGAUGGCCGGAUACCAGGUUUUCCCUUUAACUGCAUGGGAUGGACUUCAGAAAAUCAGUCGAUAUUUGUUGGUGUUAAUCUUGGACCUACCCUACAGGCCAAAGGAUUUGGAGAUGUCAAAAUCAUGAUUAUGGAUGACCAGCGCAAUUAUUUGCCAGAAUGGGCCGAAACUGUGUUGGCAAAUCCUGACGCAAACCCAUAUGUUUCGGGUAUCGGAGUCCAUUGGUAUCAAAAUUUCGCUGCGCCUCCUUCUGUUUUGACGGCUACUCACGAAAUGUUUCCCGAUCGCUUCAUUUUAGCAACUGAAGCUUGCGAAGGUACAUUCCCCAAAGAAACUGUUGUGCUUGGAGCGUGGGACCGACUAGAAUCAUACGCUAAAGACAUAAUUGAGAAUAUGAAUAACUGGGCUGUAGGGUGGGUUGACUGGAAUCUUGCCCUGGACGAAGGCGGAGGUCCAAAUUGGUCGGAGAAUUUUGUAGAUUCACCUAUUAUUGUGAAUAACACCAUCGACGAGUUCUACAAACAACCCAUGUUUUAUGCUAUGGGGCACUUUUCCAAAUACGUCCCAGAAAAUUCAAUUAGAGUAGAUAUUGACAUGUCGAAUGACACGACCCUUAUCGGAACUGCUUUCGUUCUGCCGGACGGAAAUCGAGCAGUCGUUAUUUUGAAUCAGUCGGACGAUGACAAAACAAUUUUACUCAACGAUGCCGAACGCGGAACUUUGGAAAUUCCAUGUGAAGCCCGCUCUAUGCACACCAUUCUAUACGGCUAGCUUAUUUUUGGUUUUAUUUAGUUGCAACUGAAAUUCAUUUUAGUGGUGUCAGCUCUUAAAAUAUAUCAGAAUAAAGGAAUAAA